CGCCCGCCCUCGGGGAUGCAGAGAGCGGUUUGCGCCCCUCUCGUCGCCGGCCGGAGCGUCGGGCUCGGCCCGCGGUCGCCACAGCGGCACCGGGCGCACGAGCACAGCUGCUGGUACCGAGCCCGGCCCGCGAGGCCUCUCUGCAGCUCCGCCUCGGCCUCCGCGCAGGGCCGCCCCGUCGCCGGGGCGAUGCUCGACCGGAUCAUUCGCGUGGAUCAGGCCGGGGAGUUCGGCGCUAACCGUAUCUACGCGGGGCAGAUGGCUGUGCUGGGCCGCACGGCGGUGGGGCCUGUGAUUCAGCGAAUGUGGGAUCAAGAAAAAGAACAUCUGGAGAAAUUCAAUGAAAUGAUGAUUGAUCAAAGGGUUCGACCUACCAUUUUAAUGCCUUUCUGGAAUAUUGCAGGGUUUGCGCUAGGUGCUGGAACAGCUCUUUUAGGUAAAGAAGCUGCAAUGGCCUGUACAGUAGCAAUAGAGGAGAGUAUAUCACAACAUUACAACAAUCAGAUCAGGACGUUGAUGGAAGAAGAUUCAGAAAAACACAAUGAAUUACUUGAAUUAUUAAAGAAGUUCAGAGAUGAAGAAAUGGAACAUCAUGAUACAGGAUUAGAACACGAGGCAGAACUGGCACCUGCUUAUACAGUACUGAAGACUGCCAUACAGAUCGGAUGCAAGGCUGCUAUCUACAUGUCUGAACGUAUUUAAACCGUUGUCUCUUCAUAAAAUUGAUGGGUUUUCUGAAACCGUGCAAUCUGUCGAGUCGAAUAUGUAAAAAGAAUCAUUAAAAAUAUUUUGUCAAAAAAGCAGCGUGCUUUUCUUG